CCUCAAGUGGUUUUGGGACUCAAAUUUUCCAUUUUAUUAAACAUUUUAUCUUCUUAACAAAUCAUAGAUAUCUGACAGAGAAGAUGUACUCCCCUGUCCAUUCUUUUGUUCAGUUGGCCACGAAGCUUUUUUCAACUACGUGGAACCUCCCCAAAAGCAGUGGUCCUAUUGUGGGGAUUCUCAAAGGAUUUGCUGGAUUAAGUGGUGCAAUUUUGACUCAGAUAUAUGCAAUGAUCAAUGCUCCUAAGGAAACAACACUCAUUCUUAUGGUUGCUGUCGGACCAUCAAUGGUGGUUAUUGCUCUGAUGUUUAUUUUUGAUAGGACAGGGCAAUUGGUUCAACCUAUGGAGAAAAGGGGUGGGGUCGAGGAUUGCACAAUGGCCAGGCAAUGCUUGACGCCGGAGGCAGCCAACGCACUUGACGAGGCAGUUGGGGUAGCUCGUCGGAGGGGUCAUGCCCAGACCACCUCACUUCACGCGGUGUUAGCGCUCUUGUCGCUCUCUUCUUCCCCUUUGCGUGAGGCCUGCGUGCCGGCUCGGAACGCUGCGCACUCCCCGCGCCUUCAGUUCAAGGCAUUGGACCUGUGCCUGAGCGUAUCGCUGGACCGCGUGCCGUCGAGUCAGCAGGUCGGGCAUGAACCACCCGUGUCGAACCCGCUCAUGGCGGCAAUAAAACGGUCCCAAGCCAACCAGCGGAGGCAGCCCAAGAAUUUCCAUCUGUAUCGCGAUAUCUCGCAGCAGAACCUGUCCAAUAUCUCGUGCAUCAAAGUCGAAGCGAGUUUCUGGAGCUCCGAAAUCAAGCUCGCCAUUAUCCGGCCGCUCCCCAAUCUCCUCAGAUACCCUCGACCACGCGGUCCUCCUGUCUUCCUCUGUAAUUUGGAGAAUUCGAAUCCAGACAACGACCGGGGCCCUCGUCGGAGUUUCAGCUUCCCGUUUCCGAGCUUUGCCGCCUUUUUCGACGGAGAAGAAAACUGUAGAAGGAUUGGCGAGGUGUUAGCGCGGAGGAGGAAUCCCUUGCUUGUGGGCAUCUGUGCUCGUGAUACGCUCACGAGCUUCAUAGAUAGCGUGGAGAAGAAAAAGGAUGGUAUUUUGGCUAAGGAGAUUUCUGGUUCAAACGUAAUCGGCAUUGACAGUGAUGUUUCGAGGUUUAUUAAUGGGGAUGUUUCGAUCAGGCUGAAGACGAGAAGCCUCCUGAGGUGGACUUUCUUCCAGCAUCAGAAAGGCAAAAAUGAAUUGCGUAGUUGCAAGCAAAACUUUUUCCAAGCAACUACAAAAGAAGCAGUGCGGGGCAAGAAGAAAAGGGGCACGCUUAGAGAAGAAGACUUCACCUUACUGCAGGCGUUGGGAAAGGCAGAUUUUUGGCUUAUGUUCAUCUCCCUUGUAUUGGCUGCUGGAUUUCAUCUGACAGUGAUUAACAAUAUGGGUAAAGAUUAUUCUACAUCCAAGAUGCCAUCUAUGGUUAUAAUGGCAAUUGGAUUUCUCUACUAUGCCAUUGGUCGCCCUGGGCAAAUAUAUGUUUUGACUCUGUUCGUAGGACUUGGAUAUGGUGGUCAUUGGGCUAUUGUGAGACAUUUGAAUUGAGGAGCUUUGGUGCAUUGUGUAAUUUUCCUACGCUAUCAAUGCCUAUUGGUUCUCUAAUAUUUUCUGGUAUUAUUGCUAGUGGCAUAUAUGACUAUUAUGAGAGAAACAAGGUAACUUCCAACAAAGGCUAAGUAUGCAUCUACAGGAUGAUGAUUCAGUUAGUUCUAAGGUCCUAUAUGCUCCUUUAUCACUUACACAAUCUUAUCAGGACUCUGCCUUGUUGUAGUGGUGUGGAGCAUGACUGUUGUUUAUCGUACCAGAAGUGUGUAUUGCCAGCUUUAUGGAAAGCCUCAAAGUUGAGUUGUUAGAGAGGGUCAAUGGCGAGGAGAUGGUCUUUCAUUUGCAUUGCUGAGGAGGAUUUAUUGAUUUUCACCAUCAUUGUGUGAUGUAAUUCCAAGCGGAAAAAAUGACGACUGGACAUCAACUUGUAGGAAAUGAGGAGGAGCAAGCCAAGGGAGGAAGUUAGAUUAUGUUGAAAACAAGCCCUGCAGUUUUCAUUGUUAGUACAGAUUUGAUCCUUCUUCUAAACCAAAAAAUGCUCUUCAUGAAUAGAAAUUAAAUAUCGUU